AUGUUCAGCAAGUUCUCCGAAGGGAACCAACACGGAAGUAUGCGUGUAAAAUAUAUCUUUCUUGGCGACUAUGUGGAUCGUGGUCGUCGAUCGCUUGAGUGCGUCUGUCUCGUACUAACCCUGAAAAUACUGUUCCCUCGCAAGUAUCAGCUGUUGCGAGGCAAUCACGAAUGCAAAGGUAUCAAUCGUGUAUAUGGAUUUUACGACGAAUUCUUGACCGUUUUGCAUAAGGCUCGUGUUGAGGUUUGCUUGAUGAGACGUCCCUUCAUUCGAAUGCUUCAAUUUCCCUUUCAGGAUGAGGCUGAGAGGUUGUGGUUCGGCUUCAACGAGGUGUUUGCGUGGUUACCUCUGGCUGGUCUUGUUGGCAAAAAGAUUCUUUGUAUGCACGGUGGAAUAUCAGCUUACUUGAACUCACUCGAAGAUAUUCGGAAGAUUCAACGGCCCAUGGACGAACCAAACAGUAAUCCGCUUGCCAUGGAUCUC